AUGGAGAAUCCUGAAAAAUCUCUACUUCAUCUCACUCAAAUUGAGGAACAGGCCCAGGAGAUCUUAAGUGAUCGUGAGGAUAUAGUUGCCCUCGACAAACAACGAAAUCACAACCGGGAAGCUAUCCGCGCAUUACACAAACAAGAUAAAACCUCAGCGUGGAUUGCAGUAGGCCCUCUUCUUGUUAAAAUGCCCAUAAAGAAAGUGUCUGAUACUUUAAACAAAGAUCAAGUGCGUCUAGAUGUAGAGGUUAAUAGACUUCGAAGUGAUUUGAAAGUGAAAGUGAAUAAACUUCGUGAUCUGGAGCAUGCUAGUCCUGUGCCUGGACUCAUGCUUAAUCCAAUGUCUCAAGCAGAUAUGAAUGCUAUGGGACAAGUACUUGGCAGAUAAGCAAUCUUUUGAGGUAAUCUCCAAAUGAAAAAAUCUGUGAUUGUAGAUAUUUCAGAAAAAAUGAUGAAAUUUGUUUUGUCUGCUAUGCUAAUGUUAAGGAGCAUUAUUAUUUUUUAUUUAUUUUUUAUAUAAGAGAUGAAAACUGUAACUAGGAAGAUAAUUUCUAGCCACUUAAUUGAAAUAACAAUUAUCUUUAUUUCAGUAGCAAUGUAUGUGGAUGAAAUAAAAAAAAAGGACAUGAUUGUGAUUUGUAACAGAAUGAGUGUGUAAAGGGUGACGUCCAAAAUUGGUCAGACUUAAUACUGAAAUAGUCCUUGCAGCAUUGAGUCAUAACAAACUCCAAUGCAGGACAAUAACAAUUAUUUGUGACUAAAAAACUAUGUUAUCACUCCCUUGAACAGUGUCUGAAUGUUUCUGAGCAAAUUUGUUGAAAAUAAACUACAGCUUCCCUGCA